AUGACGAAGCCCCUACUCCGGAUCCCCUUCCCAGGCCCCCUCCCCCCUCCCAUCAUCCACCCGCCAUCCGCCACCUCCAUCCCCGCCGCAAUCACCGCCAUAGCAUCCUUCCUGUCUUCCCCCAAUAUCAAUGCCUCCCAAGACAUUACCAACAACACCAACAGCACCCAAACAACCCUCCUAACCGGUGCCGGCAUCUCCGUCCCCUCCGGCCUCUCCGACUACCGUGGCCCAAACGGCACCUACCGCCUCAACACCACCUACAAACCAAUCUACCACCACGAAUUCCUCACCCAGCAUGCCUCCCGCAAACGCUACUGGGCCCGCAGCUUCGUCGGCUGGCCCACCCUCUCUCGCGCACGACCCAAUAAAACGCAUAUCGCCAUCGGCGAGCUGGGGAGGAAGGGGUACGUGCGUGCUGUGGUGACGCAGAAUGUGGAUUCGUUGCACGAUGGGGUUGCGGGGAUGGAAGUGGUGCCUGUUGUCGAGCUGCAUGGGUGUUUGAGAGAGGUUGUUUGCGUUAGCUGUUCGGGGAGGAUGGGGAGGAGUUGGUUCCAGGGGGAGUUGGGGAGGUUGAAUCCGGCAUGGGCGGAACGGUUGGAGGAGAUGCGGAUUGGGGUUGGCUUUGGCGGGGCUGCUCGUGGGUUGGGAAUGGGAACGGAGAGUCUUCAGGGAGGCAAUGAAGAGAAAAAAUUACAGAUCAAUCCGGACGGCGAUGUUGAUCUCCCCAACGCACCCUACUCUCAAUUCCGCUACCCGCCCUGCCCGCACUGCCUCGAGAGCCCGCCCCGACUCAAAGACGGCAGCAUCGGUAUCGUCGAAGCAGAGCGCGACGGGGCCAUCUCUGCCCGCUCCAACGCAGGCAUCCUGAAGCCAGCCGUGAUUAUGUUUGGAGAGUCGGUGGAUGGCGCUGUCAAGCAGCGGGCUGAGGAGGCCGUGGAUGGAGCUGGGAAGUUGCUUGUGCUGGGAAGCAGUCUGGCGACGUUUUCGGCGUGGAGGCUUGUGGAGCGGGCUGUGAGGAAGGGGAUGGCCGUGGGGAUUCUGAAUGUGGGCGGGGUGAGGGGGGAGGAGAGGCUGUUUGGAGAGUUUGGUGAGGGGGUGGUGAGGGUGAGGUGUAGUGAGAGGGUCGAGGAUGUGUUGCCAGAGGUUGCUGCGCUGCUUGAGGAGGUGUCUCAGGGUUGA